GCCAGGGAAGGAAGGAGCAGUGCCCAGAGACGGAGCUGACCUGCCAGGUGUGAGGACACAGCUAGCGCCUGGGCUCUCCAAGGCCCCAGACCACACCUCCGUCAUGGACAGGCAGCACUCUCACAGGCCACACAGCCGCAGCCCAGCUAAUAGAGUGUCGUCAGCCAUGUCCCUCAACCCCAGGAACCCCUCUUCCAUCUCCACAUCCAUGUUGGAGACAGCACACACGAAGGCCCCUCAGGACUCUGCCUGCAGGAACCGGCAGGCCCACCCCUCCAGCAUCCUGCCCCACAAGUCUAUGAGCAGCCAGGCAGCACUAGUGUUCAGUGACAACAUGUUCUCGGAUAAAAACUACAGCUCAGCAGUUUGCAACAAGAUGCUCCAGGAGAUCGGCAACUCAGAACUUCCCUACCUGCAGUUCAUCAUGAAGAGAAUCAGGAACGCGGCUCAGAAGUGCCCUGACUUGGUGAUGGAAGCCAUCUACAACUACUUCACAGACAACCCACAGAUCUCCAGCCGGCACAAGUUCCGGCUCUUCCAGGUCCUGGAGAAUGUCAUCAAAGCCAGCAACUGCCUGGAGGAGCCCUGGAGGAAAAACUUCAUGCAGCUGGCCCUGGAUCACAUGACCAAAUCCACGGAGCUGGAGGACACUUACCAGGAUGCAGCCAGCAACAUUCUGGUGGCCAUCUGCAAGCACGCGUGGCCGAUGGUGGCUCAGCACCUGGAGGCCGAGCUCCUGACCGGCAUCUUCCCACACCGCAGCCUCUUCCAUGUCAUGGGCAUCCUGUCCUCCCAUGAGGAGCUUCUCAACCAGGAAGACAGAGCGCACUGGGAGGAACUGCUGGCCCAGAUCAUCGCCAAGUCAGUCAAGUUCCUGAACAUGGACCUGUGGUCCAAGGAGUUGCUGAAGGCCCUGACCAAGCCCAGCCAGACCCAGAAGGACCAUCCCCCGGAGAAGGCUUUCCUGUUCACCUACUAUGGGCUGAUCUUGCAAGCUGCAGAGGACAGCACUGCAGUCAGGACGCACCUGCAAGCCCUCCUGGAAACGUCCCACCAGUGGCCCAAGCAGAGGGAGGGAAUCGCGCUUACUGUGGGACUGGUUGCAACCCGCCAUUUGGAUGACGUCUGGGCUGUCCUGGACCAGUUUGGCAGGAGCCGGCCCAUCAAGUGGACUCUCCAAAGCCCCAUCCCAAAGGGCCAGAGUAUGGAAGACCUGCACUGGAAAUGGGCAAGCAGCACCAUCCUCCUCGCCUAUGGUCAGGUGGCAGCCAGGGCCAAGGCCCACAUCCUUCCAUGGGUGGACAACAUCUUGUCCAGGAUGAUCUUCUACUUCCGCUACAGCUCCUGGGAUGAGACCCUCAAGCAGAGCUUCCUCUCGGCCACCAUGAUGCUGGUGGAGGCUAUCAGCCGAAGCGAGGGAGCCCACAGCUACGAGUUCGCCCAGACCUCCCAGCUCCUUGAGUGUCUGAUGGUUCUAAUGGAGAAAGAGCCCCCAGGCGCACUGUGCACCACCAGCCGCCAGCAGGUCAUCAACAUCGUCUCCAAGCUCUGUGAGCUGAGGCCACCCAUAGACAAAGACAGGAAGUCGCGGCUCCUGUCCACCUGUUUCCGCAGCGUGUUUGCCUUGCCCUUGAUGGAUACCCUGGAGAGACAUACCUGCCUCUUUCUGGAGCCACCUAAUAUACAGACCCUGUACAGCCAGACAAUGGAGGCACUGGACCGCAUGCUGCAAAGCUUCAUCAUGCAGUGCCCCACAGCCAGCGAGCUGCAAUCCCUGCUGUUGCAUCUGUAUCCCUGGCUGGCAUCAGAGAAGGCACACGAGAGGCAGCGCGCUGCAUACAGCUGCAUGAUCCUGCUCAGGUUCCUGAAUCGCCGAUGCUGCCUGGAUCCAAAGGAGGACUUCAGACCAAUGGGACAACUGAUGGGCACUCUGGGAAUUCUGUGCCAGGACUCGGACAGGACCACUCAGAACUCCAGCCUGGAAGGAGUGGCCCAGCUCUACCAGUUCCUGAUACACCAGAAAGAAGCGGCUUUGCAGGCAGAAUUACAGAUCCAACAGGAGCUCUCCCAGUCUGGAGCAGAUGAAGCCUCCCCGUGGAGCACUCAAGACCAAAGAACCACAAAGGUGGUGCUCCCAAAGGACAGUCUAUUCCGACAGGACAGCUCCAAAGCCAUCAAGGAGAUCGUGAGAUACCUCACAGUGGCCGAGCUGACCGACCUCGUCUGGACAGUCAUUGAAGGCCUGGGCUCCACCAAUGCCGUCCGCGUGCAGGCAGCUGCUGAGCUGCUCCUCACUGUCAUUCAGGAGCAUGGGGCCAAGCUGGAGACAGCAAAGGUUGCUAACAUGGGUCGGGCCAUCCACUGCCGCCUCUGUGCUGUCCACAUCCCUGAGGUCAAGGAGAAUAUUCUGUAUGUCAUCACCCUGCUAGCGCGGGACCACACCUCUGAGCUGGUGGCUGCCUUCCUAGACUUCUCUAUGCCCUUGGACAGCCAUGCCUUAUGCCUCUGGAAGGCCCUGGGGGCUGAGUACUCCACCAGCCGCCUGGUGCUGGCUGUGCUGCUGGCCUGGCUGCAGGAGCGUCCUCUGUUCACCAGACCUGGCAACGGCAGUCUCCCCUCCAAGGAGAAGACAUACUUGCACUCUCUGGCCGCCAUGAACACACUGCAUGAGCUGCAGUUCAUGCAAGAGUUCGAGAAGGUCAUCCAGGAGGCCUACCCGCAGCUCCUGCUGGCUCUCCUCACCCAGGUGCACUAUGUGCUGGAACUGAACCUGCCCAAAGCUAAGUCCCUGCCCAGGCAGCAGGCCCAGAAGGCAGCACUGCCCAGCCCCGAGAGCUCAUCCCUGGAAGCUCUGAAAAGCCUGCUGUCCACCACAGGGCACUGGCAUGACUUUGCCUACCUGGAGCUGCAGAGCGCCUGGAAACACUUCUCCUCCAUUGGCACCUACGCACAGGGUGUGGUCCUCCUGGCCAGGGCCAUGGUGCAGAACAACUGCGAGAAGAUUAAGGCCGUACUUGGCCAGCUGCUGCCCAGCCUGCAGAGCCAAGAGGAGCGUGAGAGGAAGGUGGCCAUCCUCAUCCUCACGGAGUUCCUCUACAGCCCUGCCCUGCUGGAGGUCUUUCCAAGUCAGACUGCCAGGACUCUGCUGGCAAAAGGUCUCUGCGACACCAGCCCAGAGGUGCGUGUGUCCAGCCUGCAGGCCCUCGGAAACAUCCUCUUCCACCCAGAGAAGGAAAGCCUGCUCCGCGCGCAGCUGCCGUACUUCCUCGAAGGCUUCUUCCAGAAGAAUGAGCUAGCGGUCGUGGGCAUCAUGAACACCAUGUCGGAAGCGCUGCACUGCCUGGGCAUGCAGGGCGCAGGCGCCUACAGCCUCAAUGUCGCCAUCAGCAUCCACACUUUCUUCGACGACGAGCGGGACCAGAUUCGAGCAGCAGCCAUGGCACUAUUUGGGGAACUCGUGACCUCGAUGGCAGGUGGGGAGCUCAGUGACCUUACCCAGGUGUACCAGAGCAUGGUGCCCCUGCUCCUGCACCUAAAGGACCAAUGCCCAGCUGUCGCCACGCAGGCCAAGUUUGCUUUCUACCGCUGUGCUACCCUGCUACGCUGGCAGCCACGGCACAUCCUCUUCUGCAUCCUGGCCUGGGAGCGCAGCCUCAGUGCCUGCCACUUCCUCUGGACCUGCCUGAUGACCCGCAGCCAGGAAGAGUUCAGCAUCCACCUGGAACAGGCCCUCAAGUACCUGUACAGCUGCCACCAUCACAUGAAAACCUGGGCAAUAAUCUUCAUAGGUUAUACCAUCUGCUACUUCCCCCAGGCCAUGUCCCAGAUGGAGAGCACCGGGGACAUCGAGAUGCUGCUCCACACUUUGCAAGAACUCGAAAGAGACCCAGAUCCCAGCAUCCAGGAAUUUGCCACCGGGCAGCUCUGCUUCUUGCAGGAUGAAUCAAUCAGAUACCAGAAGUGACUUCCUGCUGUCCUUCCACCCUCUCCCUCCUUCCCUCCACCCU